AUGCUGAGAACUUACGUUCAAGGAGACAGCCACGGUUGGUACAAGUGGCUACCCAGGCUCGCACACGCCUACAACUCGUCUAUCCAUUCAGCCACGGGCCAGCCACCCUAUUUCCUUCUCUACAGCUUCGACCCCAAAGGCAUCAUUGAUUUCCUGAGCAAAGAACGUCGGUACGUAGAACGCCCGCAGCUUGCUAGGGAGCGCGCGACCAAACUCGUUACCGAAUCGCCAACGGGCUCGGGAAGCAAUGGGUGUAGACCAGAAAUCAUCGAGCACCUUCGGAAGUACCGUGAAUUCGAGCAGGACCUCUGCAAUCUGGACCGACCCAGUCUACCGGAUGCUCGGAAUUUUGACCUGCUGGCCUCGGACCAGAGGAAGGUUCCACGUAUGAGAUACCAGAACGGCAAGGGUGUGCCAACGAACGACUUUUCUCGCACCCUCCAAACGCUCUACGACGCCGAACUCGCUCGAGCCAACGACCACUUCCUGAACGUCCCGUCACCCCCUCGGAGCCUCCGUCUGCGCCCGGCGGAUGACAUCGCUAUCAUCCAGCGCCACCUCUUGCAGCUACGUGCUCACUCUCAUCGAAGAUACCUGCAGAUGGUCUUGGAGGAGGGACACAUGAGCGCGCCCUCUGCGGACAUUCUGGGCAUUGGAAGCUGGGUCGAGGAGAACGACGAGAAGGUGCAGAAAUGGUUGGUCUGGUUUGGAGUACCGGUCUGGUAUGUCACUCACGUCCCUCUGCCUGCUUCCACCAUCCAGUCCAUCUUCGCGUCCCUCGACCUUCGACUGCUGCUGAAGCCCUGGGAGGAGAUGAAGCACGGACCGAAAGCCCUCGCUGGAAAAAGGACCAGAAAACAAGAACGGCGACUCCAGGUUGAGCUCGACAGUGCCGAUGAAGACCCUGUAUCAACUACAUGA